AUGUUACACGACGAUUAUCUCCCUGCCUUCAAUCGCGAUAAAAUCGUGCUGAUUGGCACGGAGGAAAAAGGUAUAGAGGAUUAUGCAGACGACGGCAUUAUCGUCAACGACAAAAAGCUCCAAGUCGACAUGCUCAUUGUGGCGACGGGCUUCGCCAGCGCCAAUGAUUUCCUCACACCGCACAUGGGCUUGAGUAUGGGCGAUUUCCCCAGCGUGUUUCGUUACUGGACCAGCGGAUCCGGGGAGUCGUGCAACUAUACCAGCUCGCUGGACGUCGCAGCCCGACUUGCUGUGCACGUCAUUUCGACGACGGAGAGGUAG